UCAGAGGGCACUACAAACGUUAGUUACCUAAAUCUACGUGAAAGUUUGGUGGGCCUGGGUUUGAAUUUCUGUAGCUCGCGUCCUUCGGAUUUUGCGACGCUGCGAUAUGCAGCAGCAGUAUCGAGUACAUUGUUAAAAUCGCGUAGCAUAAAUUGUUAUGGGAUACGAUUAAAACGAGCGUACAUUCUCGACGACAAGUCGACAACAAAUCUGAAAGAAUCCGAUGGUGCACUAGUGUCAGUAAGAUGUAUGUCAAACGCGUUGUUGGCGACUUUCUGUCGUUCUGCGCGUAAUUCUCUGUUGCGAUCUUCCGUGCUUACUGGCGACUCGCGUCGAUGCCCGUUCAGUCUCGGUCUUCGCGAUCCUGAAAUUCGUGACAAGUGUGUUGUUGCUCUCUCUCUCUCUCUCUCUCCCUCAUUCGCUGCUCGUUAGAAAAUUGCGAAGAUGUCCGAUAAACUGGCCGAAUCCGUGGACGAUGACAAUUCCGUUACAAUGCUCGAUGUUCUCCAAGAAGAGAAUCAGCUCGAAGAAGACGCGUAUGCUGUGUUGGGCGCUUCUGAUGAUCAAAAUUGCACUUACAGCAAGGGGUACAUAAGGCAAGCGCUGUAUGCAUGUAAAACAUGUUGCUGCAAUAAAAUCCCAGCUGCCGUUUGCCUGGCAUGUAGCUUCCAUUGCCACGAAGGACAUGAACUUGUGGAGUUGUACACAAAGCGACAUUUCAGAUGUGAUUGCGGAAACUCAAAGUUUGAUGGCAAGGAAUGCAACUUGGACAAACUGAAAGCUGCUACGAAUACUGAGAAUAAAUACAAUCAGAAUUUUUAUGGAGUUUAUUGUACCUGUGCAAGACCGUAUCCUGAUCCUGAGGGUGAUGAGGAUGAUAUGCUGCAGUGUAUAAUAUGUGAAGAUUGGUAUCAUUCGAAACACCUGGAAUGCGAUAAUGGUGUACCUGCAUACAACACGUACGAUGAAAUGAUCUGUGCAGGCUGCAUGAGAAAGCAUAACUUUCUGUGGAGAUAUGCGUCAAAGUAUGCAGUCCUCAAAAAUUCAGAUUCUAAAUCAGUGGCAGCCGCUAAAGACGAAGAGGUAGAGAUCAGCGAGUUGCCGAAAGGAUGUCAGAUGCCAAAACUUAAUUGUACUAAUACAAAGGGAAGUUGUUUCUGGAUGGAGGGUUGGAGGACCGCACUCUGCGCCUGCGAGGAAUGCAAAUCGUUAUAUAAUGCAAAAGACAUUGCAUUUCUACUCGAUCCGAAAGACAGUGUACAGGCAUAUGAGGAAGCGGGCAAGAUGAACAAGAAGGAAUCGCAAUAUGAGAAAGGUAUGAAAGCUCUGGCAAGCAUGGGACAUGUACAAAAGUUGACAGCAAUCGAAGAAUAUAAUAAUAUGAAGGAACGGUUAAUGCAAUAUCUGCAAAAGUUCGCGGAAAAUAAAAAAGUCGUACGCGAGGAGGACAUAAAGGAAUUCUUUUCCGAAAUGGAAUCGAAGAAGCGUCCUAAAGUGAUCGUGCCAACAUACUGUCGUUGAAAACUGCUAUUUUAAUAUCACAUUAAUUCCGUAGCCAGCUAACAAUUAUAGGAGUAAGACUAAGCGUUUUAUUACGUUUCUGUGGCACCUGCUAUCACGUAGCGCGAGUCUUAAGAUUUUUGUGUCUGCUGCUCUGUCUCUCUCUCUCUCCAUACGUCACUACAUCAAAGAAUCUUUUAAUAAAAAUUUUCAUUUCCAUGUAAUUGAAAGAGGAAUAUAAAAAUCAUACAGGAGGAGCAUGUAAUUUGCGAUAUGAGUGAGUGAUAAUUUCUCUCUUCGCAAUUGAAUGUACGAUAUUUAAUUCGAUGUAAUAAUAAAUCAAAUCUAUUUUUUAAUAAUAAAUAUAUGGGAAGUAUUAUACAAAAUAUGGGACUUAAGUGAAUUGAUAUAUAUUAUUUGUAAGUCACAUAUGAUUUAUAUAUACAUAUAUCAUGAUAUUGUGCGCUGUAUCUCUUAUUUGUUAUCACUAUUACAGAUAAAAAAAUACAAACCGCAUAAUAAAAUUUAAGACCUUACAAUGUCUAUAUAGCUUGAAAAGUGCACUAAUGUGUUUUCGGCAAUUACCACAACUAGAAUAAGAAACAGUGUGAAGUUUAGAUUUAUAUUUCAUUCAACAAGCAAUGUAAAACUAAUAAAUCUUUCUUACAUCU